UGAUUUUAAUGUUAGUACAAAAUUUGAACUAGCAACUUGAGCUUCGAUUGAGGCAACUGCGAUUUCUGAUAUAAAUCUUUUUCAAUGUUGAUGAAAUGGAGGGAAAAUAGAUGCGUUUAAGGCUAAUUGAAUACUUCGCUUUGUCAUGUAGUUGCAUGUAACGAGUGAGAAUGUUCCCUUUUCAACACAUUUCUAUUCUGCUGCCUCUUCACACAUCACGCAAGGAAAAGCGAAGCGGCCAGAUUUCUACAAAGCACAUACAUAGUACUACUAAUGUACCUUAAUGGCACCAGAAUGUCAAGUGACGUAGGUACAGAAAGUGAAAAUCAUUUCCGACGCAAAGGUGUUCCACAAACCCGUUAUGCCUGAGAACACUUCUAGCUAAUUAGAUUUUAUAAUUUUGAUAUUUUACUCCAGUUCUAUAAAUCUGAUCUGCGUCCACUAAUUAAAGAACAAAUGGGAUCAUAAAUCAAUGCGUAGUUAAUUAAAUACCUGUACCUACUUUCGUCAUGCUUUCAAGAAAAUGCAGUAUUAAAUUGUCUUUGUACACUUCCAUCUGUAUUUAUGUUCUCAUGUUAAAAAUUCUCUGAAGUGAUUGAGUAUUCUGUUGCUAGUUUUAAUUUCUGAAACAUAUUUAUCAUCUGUUUUUCAGUUUCAUGUUUACCUGACUGGAAAAAUUCUCGAAGAAAAACUGGUAAUGUUCACAUAUUUUAGUGUUAGUCAUCACGGCACUUGAAACAUUGACAUUGAGAUAUACAGUAAGAAGUAAGAGGGAAAACCUGAUGCAGUCACUGAUCACGUGAUAAUGUUUACGACACAAACGUUUAACAAAACGACUUUUGUUUAUAAUGGAGCUAAAGAUAAUCAACAACUCCAAAAGCCGGUUACAAAAACUCAUUUCAAUGAACCAUUAAAAUCAGAGAUCAACACACAAUAAAUCCUUAUCGACUUUUAUGAACGCUCCAAAGAUGAUCAACGAAAACAUUGAUCGCAAAAACUUCACUUUUAUUUAUGAUCGAUAAUCAAUAAAUCUUUACAACGAUCGAUUCAAUUACGCAUUCUGAGAUUUACAAUGACGUGAACAAGAGUUCAGUUUUCACUUUAAUCUGUUAGUCGUCUGCUUUUGGAGUUAUAGGGCCUGUCAUCUCGGCACUUGAACUUCAUAUUUUACAAUCAGUUGAAAUGGAUUUGUGAAAGAGCUGAUAAAUGUUAGACCCUAAAGGUACUAUGACUUGCCAUCGUUAUGGACAUUUGAGACGGCUUCUUAGAGUAGCACAGCCGGUUCCUUAAGCCAUCUCUCUACAAGUUUGGAGUUUUUUUCUUCCCUUACUUGUUUGCCUGCUGGUGUCCCUCAAGGUACUUCUUUCCGCACAGCUGGUCCCUCUCAUAAUUUUCUAAACAAUGAACGAUUUUCUUUAUUGUAAUUUCCUUAUCAACAUUUAAACGUGAUUUAUUUACGUUUUCACUGUUUACUACUAGAUUACAUAUUAGUCGAUAAGCAAAAACUGUUACUUUACUGUAAUGUUUGUUAAUCAAGAUUGCAUGUUUAUAUCGAUGUUGCAUACAAUUCUGGAGUAACAUGUGGGUAUAAAAUACGAUAUUUUUAAGGGUUCAUACAAGUUCAAGUUCAACGGUCACCGAUGGAGGUGCCUAAAAAAGUGUUUCUGCUACUUUUUGUAGCGAUUAUUCAGCAUGUCGCCAAUGCCCAGUACUACGUAUCGCCGUACGCUUCAGCCCCAAGCCCGUACAUAUCGCAAUCGCCGUCAUGCUCGUGCUGCUCCCCUCCGCUGAACAUCCCGGCCCCCCCAGCCUGCCCAGUCUACGUCACCCUGCCAACCCCACCACCCCUCACCGUCCAACCUCCCCCACUCCCACCUAUGAUGUUGGAACUCCCUUGUCCUCCACCAAUAACUGUUACUCCUCCGCCUGCACCACCGAUGAUGGUUAACCCUCCACCUCUGCCGCCAAUGACUAUCACACCCCCAGCUAUUCCUCCGAUCUGUGUGACUCCUCCUCCCCCGCCUCCUAUGUGCGUGACGCCUCCUUGUCCUCCUCCGAUGUACGUCAACCCUCCGUUGCCGCCAGCGAUUUACUUGGACCUGCCGCUGCCGCCUCCCAUUGUGAUUGAGCUGCCUCCACCACCUCCGAUCGUAGUGCAACCGCCACCGUUGGGACAGAUCAUGAUCCAGCCACCUGCUCUGCCGCCGAUGCCCGUGCAGCCGCCGCCACUACCACCGAUGAUGGUGCAGCCGCCGUCGCCUCCUCCGAUGGUGAUUGAGCUGCCCCCACCGGCGCCGAUCAGCGUGCAGCCGCCGUGCCCGCCACCGAUGUGCGUGCAGCCGCCGCCGCCCUCGCCAAUCAGCGUGCAACCACCUCCGCUACCUCCAGUCAUGGUGCAGCCACCCCUGCCACCCUCCAUGUGUAUUCAGCCACCUCCUCUGGAGCCGUUCUGCGUGCAGCCCCCUCCCCCCGCUCCUAUCUGCUUCCAGUCCACCCCGUCAUGCGGCUGUGGAUGCGCACCUUCUCCGAUCUACUUGUGACAGUUCGAAUAGAUAUUAUUCGUUAACUUGUUAUCACAUUGUUUUGUUUUGUUAUGAGCCGACUGUAUUUAAUUAAAGUUAUGAACUGAACUAUGUGCCUACCUCGAAUAAUAAACGAUUACUUAAUUUUAAAAUCUAUUUUAAUUAUAUACUUCCCUUCACACUUUACAAUAGCGCAACAAACAUGUUAACUAUAAGCUCUAGGUAAAAUAUUUUAUAAGCAUAUUUUAU